AUGGCUCCUUCCAUGAACGCCCCAGAACAACACCGCAUCCUCAACCUUAACGACAGCUUCUUCAAGGGACUCUACUCAGACUCCAUGACCUUCCCCUUCCCUAAAGAAGAAGCCCUCCGAUUCUCGAUGUACCAGGAGCAAAAACGAGUCCAGCAAGGCGUCUGUCAGACCUGGGCAAUUCGUAGUACAGUCGAUGGGCCCAUGAUUGGGCUUUUCUCUUUGGAUCCUCAGGACCAUCGGGAGAUGGGGCCUUGUUAUCGAGGCAAAGAACUCGUCUUGAACGCAGCCGUAGCAACAACUCCAACGAUGAAAGGCAAUGAUGAUGAGGCACCAUUGAAUUGUGGUGGGAUCGGGUAUUGGUUGUCGCCCGAGCAUACCGGCGAGGGAAUCAUGACAGAUGUCCUCAAGUUUGCACUCACUCGAUUGGCACGACAGGAGUUUGGAUAUGACCGUGUCCAUGGAGAAUGUUGGACUGACAACAUUGGAAGCUCCCAAGUGAUGGAGCGCGCUGGAAUGCAACAAGUCAUAGGUCUGUCCAUCUUUGUACCAAAGUUCAACGCCACCAAGGACGUUGCCCACUUCAUUCAUGAAUCCCAGUCCACUUGUAAUAAAUAA